CGCGGGGCGGUGCUCGGGCGCAAUGGGCCCCGCGCUGUGGACGCGCCUGGGCGGGCCUUGAAAUACCGCUGCCGGCAGCCUGCGGGCCAGACGCCGCCAUGAUCAUCCCGGUGCGCUGCUUCACCUGCGGGAAGAUCGUCGGCAACAAAUGGGAAGCCUAUCUGGGUCUGCUGCAGGCCGAGUACACCGAGGGGGAUGCCCUAGACGCUCUGGGCCUGAAACGCUACUGUUGCCGCCGCAUGCUACUAGCACACGUGGACCUGAUUGAAAAACUGCUAAACUACGCUCCGCUAGAGAAGUGACUGCCGGAGCUCACCCUCCUCCUCUCCUGGCGUGGGCAGUCUGUGAUGCUGAAUUCAAACUGAGGUGCCUGGCCGUGGCCCUGUGGCUAGGUCCCCUCACCCUCGAAGGAAGGGGUCAAUAAAGAUCUUUGCAGACCCACUAGCAGGUCUGUCUAACUUGUAAGACUGUCAACAUCAUGUCUGUGCUGUCUUUGAGGUUACCUGGCCUGGCUCCAGUCUUUCCCCCGGGACUGGUCUCCUUCCCCUCUCCUGACUUGGGAGUCCAGUCUUGUGGGGAAUCCCUUGCUUGUUUCUCUGGUCCCAGACCCCUACCAGGAUGUCAAAACAAAGACUAGGCCUUGACCUUUUGAUCCUCUAGGUAGCCUCUAGGGCCUCUCCUUUUCCUUCCAGUGUUCAGGGUGGGCAGGGAGAUAUGGCCACACCAUCCACAAGGCAGGGCCCAUGCCUGGGAUGAUGAGUGCUUAGAGGCCUGCCUAUAUGUUCUACCACCGUGCUAUGGGGAUUCUUUUUAUUUGGUGUUUUGUCUGUUUGUCUUUGUACCACUUGUGUACCCACAGAGGCCUAAAGUUAGAGACGUAUGAGCUGCUCUGUAUUCUUUUU